CCGUCAGCGUUUUUUUCGGUGAGACGGGCACGGAAAAAGUUUGAAGACGAGUGGUUAAACCGCCUUUAAGGAUAAAUAAUGUCGAGGCGCACCUAUCAGUGUGAAUAGCCCGUGUUUCGUUUGCUUAGGCGCCUUUGUUUCCAUUCAAAUAGCAAUUUCAAAUAGUAAUCUGGGUAAAUCUCCGCUCAUUGCCCGAAACACCUGAAUUGUUCACUCAAGAGGCUGAGUAGCAUGGACGUCCCUCAUCUCACAGAGGAUGAAAUGGCAGAGAUUAAGAAAGACGUGCUGACCAGAUUGCGGCCCUACCUCUGUGACAAGAUCAGGGCUGAACGCCACUUUGACUUCCUGCGGUCCCGCAGGAUCCUGACGCGGGACGAUGCCGAGGAAAUCAGCUGCCGGACCACGCAGACCAAAAGGGCGGGAAUGCUGCUAGACAUUCUGGCGGAAAACCCGCACGGUCUGGAUGCUCUGAUUGAGUCCAUCCAGCUGUCCCGCUCCCAAAACUUCCUCAUUGCCAAGAUCACGGACGAGGUGCAAAGGGCCAAAAACGAGAAGAUGGAGUCUCACAAAGGAGCUUCCACUUCCUCGUCUGACCAAAGCACUUUGGGACUGACCAGCGAUCUCUCCAGGACACUUUCAAAUGAAUCCACCAUGCUCUGCCACCCGGACGGGGAAGGGAGUACCACGACUUCAGACAUGUUGGGGUCACUGAGCCUGCUGUCUUUAAAGAAGGGGGCAGAUAUGACCUCAAUGGGUGGGGAAAGUGUGGUUAUGUCUUCUUCCACAAGCUCUUCCACCCUUCCCCGGCCCGGAGAUCCAGGAGCGCCUCCGCUGCCAGAGGAGCUGCUGGAGGAAUCCUCCGCCAAUGCAGAUGCCGGAGUGCACGGGCAGCUGGAGCAUUCUAGCAGCGGAGGGGACCCUAAUUUCCAGCCCCUCCGAUCGCGAUCUCUCACCCCAACAUCACAGAGGGCUAACUAUUCAUUUACAGCCCCAAAAUCUCAAUGAGCGCCCUUUCAUACAGACAAGAGCAAUAUGCAAAGGAACCUUGAGUCAUAACCACACCAACACCCCCCCUCUCUCUCUCUCACUCACUCUUGCUCUCUAUGUUCUCUUGUGUUGCUCAAGUCAACUGAUUGUCUCAUAGUUUGAAUCUCGUUCAUAGUCGUGUAUGCACAGAUAUACGGUUACACUUCUGACAGUGAUGAUUUAAUUUCUCUCUGUCUCUGUGUGUUUCUCUUUCUUUCUCUCGCUCUUUCUCUCUUUCCUGCCUUAUGAUACACAUGACAUUAUCAAAGCUGUUAGAAUAUCUGGGUUAUGGUUAAACGAUGACUGUAUUACUCAUUGUAUAUUUCCACUGUACCAGUCAGUAAUUUUUUUUAAGUUUUGUACAGCGAAUCUAAGUAUACAUUUACAUUUUCUCAUAAAUAAAUGUGGUAGUACAUACAUGCUGUAGUGAGUCAACCAAUUUUGACUCAUUGUUUCUCAUGUUUGCUGCUCGUGCUCUCUGUUUUUUGAAAACACGUCUCUGUAAGAAACUGUGCAAAAACCUGACAGCUAUGUGCUUUGAGGGAAAUAAAUAUGUGUAGUUAACACUGGAAUAAGUUGUUUAAGUGAACAGCUUUAAUGAGCCAGGCUGAUGCAGCCACACAGUUGCCAUUGACCUGAUCAAUAUAACUAGACAACGUUUUCCAGUUGGAUUUAAACAGCAUUAAGUCAACAUAGAGUUUCUUUACAGUUGAUCACUACAGAUUUCUGGAUAGGAAAUCAUAUUGCAGGAUACAAACUAUUGUACGUUCUUUUUUUUCUUUUUUUGCAUUCUGUGGUCAUGUUCAGAAACAUAACAGUCCAUAAUUACAUCCCACAAUGAUUUUAAACUAAUGCAACUCGUGAUUUUUUUUUUCAUGUGACUUAUUGUGUUG